UGGCGACGGGACGGGGGCGGGGCCCAGAGCAAGAAGAUGGCGGCGGCACGAUGGCUACGGGCGGCGGCGGGGCCGGGCGGGCGGUUCUGUCGUAUGAUGUUAAAAGAUCAUAAUGUGACACCUCAACAGCCUUUUCACCACCUUGUGCAGAAGAAAUCACUUUUUCCACCUGCAGUGUGGCAUAACACAGUUAGAGGCAUGUUUAUUCAAACUCAAGACACACCAAAUCCGAACAGUUUGAAGUUUAUUCCAGGGAAGGAGGUGUUGGAAUCGAGGACUAUGGAGUUUUCCACCCCGGCUGCAGCAUUUUGCUCACCUUUAGCAAGACAGUUAUUCAAAAUUGAAGGAGUUAAAAGUGUUUUCUUUGGACCAGACUUCAUCACAAUCACCAAGGAGAGUGAAGACCUGGACUGGAACUUACUGAAACCAGAUAUUUAUGCAACUAUAAUGGAUUUCUUUGCCUCUGGCUUACCUGUAGUUACUGACGAGGCACCUCGGACAGAUACAGCCGCGUCGGAAGAGGAUGAUGAAGUUGUACUGAUGAUUAAAGAGCUGCUGGAUACAAGAAUAAGGCCGACGGUGCAAGAAGAUGGUGGUGAUGUUAUUUAUAAAGGCUUUGAGGAUGGGAUUGUGCAGCUGAAGUUGCAGGGAUCGUGUACCAGUUGUCCCAGUUCCAUCAUCACCUUGAAGAACGGGAUACAGAACAUGCUUCAGUUCUACAUCCCUGAAGUAGAAGGCGUGGAACAGGUUGUUGAUGAUGAUGAUGACGUGGAGAAAGAAGCAAAUUCUACUUGAGCUUGCAUCAUCUGUGGCCAAAUAAGUAUUUACCUCUUGGUGUCUGUAAACUGUCUUUGUGCUGAGGAACAACCAGAUUUGCCUUUCUUUUCAGAGAAUAGUUGCACUGUGAAAAUGUGUCAUCAAUUUUAAGCAAUUUGUCCACUAAUUUAUUAAAUGCCCUGUAUUCAAAAAAAGAAUAUUUUUGCUCUACUUUGUACUAUGACUUAAGAAAAAAACGGUGGGCUUUAAAAAUGGCGAGGUGUCUCUCUGUUGUUCUUUCACACAAAAAAAAUCAAGACAAAAAAAAAGAAAGAGAAGGCAGAAGAAAAGUGCCUGACUGUUUUUUGUGCAGUAGAAAUACUAAAUGUUUAUUCCCCCAAAUCUCCUUACGGGGCUUGCAGGGCUGUCUGCCCUUGCUCUCUCACUGGGAAAUUCAGGAAUGGUAAUUUUAUCAAGCCUUAUUAAAAAGCUUUUGAUUCA